AUGCUUUCGCACCAUGAUCUCGAUUCAAUGGUCUCCGCCGUCUCCCAGGUCGGACUCUCCAAAGUAUCUUUGCGCGAAAAGGCCGAGAAGAUCCGUGCUACUCUCAACCCGCAUCCUGCAGGCCAGAAGGAGGAGAAUGUGCCUAUUCUGCACGAUCAAGAGAUGCUUGGUACGCAGCACAAGUACCGUGAAACGAUACUCUUUUUCCCCACAGAGGGUCAAUACUGUCAUUCUUUCUGUACUUAUUGCUUCCGCUGGGCUCAAUUUACCUCCGUCGGAUCGGAACAACAAUUCCAGUCCAAAGAGGUCAAGCACCUAAAACGCUACAUCAGUCAGCAUCCACGCGUGAAGGAUCUUCUCUUUACUGGGGGUGAUCCCUUGGUGAUGUCGUCUCGAACCUUGCGAAGCUAUAUAUCGCCUCUGCUGAACAGUUCAGAUACUCAGCACUUGAACACCAUCAGACUAGGGACAAAAUCCCUAGCUUACUGGCCAUACCGCUUUUCCUCCGACCCAGACUCCAGGUCCCUCUUACAGCUGUUCUCCGAAAUCGUGGAUUCAGGGAAACAUAUUACUAUACAAGCGCAUUUCACCCACCCCCGGGAACUUGAGCAUCCGGCUGCACAGAAAGCAAUGAGGCUGAUCAAUAUGACGGGGGCACAGAUCAGGUGCCAAGGUCCCCUUAUACGAGGGAUCAAUGAUGAUCCUUCGACCUGGGCGAGGAUGUGGGAUCUGCAGACCAGACUGGGUGCUGUACCUUAUUACAUGUUUGUGGAGCGUGAUACCGGAGCCAAGGACUACUUUUCGGUUCCCCUCGCAUCGGCCUACUCGAUUUUCAGUUCCGCGGUUGCUAGCGUUCCUGGUACCGCGCGGACUGCUCGAGGACCCUCGAUGUCAGCGUCUCCAGGCAAAAUUGGUAUAGUUGGCAUUGAAGAAAUCUCUGGAGAACGUGUUUUCGCACUGAAGUUCUUCCAAGCGCGAAAUCCGGCCUGGACAGAGCGGCUAUUUUUCGCAAAGUUCGAUGCGAGGGCUACCUGGCUUGACGAGCUGAAGCCUGCAUUUGGAGAGAGUAAUUUUUUCUUUGAGCAAGAAUAUUGUGACAUCAGUGCAAAGACUGGCAAUAGGCAAGGCUCCUCUGGGCAAUUUUUCAAUUGA